AUGGAAGAGAUGAAUCGUAAUUGGGGAUUGCAAUGCCUAUAUGGUAAGGCCUGGCAAGCGAAGGAGUACGUGGAGAGUUUUGUGUUCGGUCCACCGGAAAAGUCAUUCCAACUCCUCCCCUUCUAUUUCCAUAUGUUAGAACGUGAAAAUCCUGAUAUUGUCACUGCUGUAAUGCGGCCUGUAAUUACUAUCGAUGCUACACAUCUGAAAGGCAGAUUCAAGGGUAUUCUGUUUGUGGCGCAGCUUGGCAUUAGGAAUGUAGUUGAGAAAGUGUACAAAGACGCUCAUCACGGUCUAUGCAAUUACCACUUAAGGAAAAAUGUUAAAAAUAGGUUCAAGCACGAAGAUGUUGCAACAAUUUUCACCAUGGCCGCCAACUUCUAUAGGGUCACCGAUUUUGACAGACAUAUGAAUCAGUUGAAACAACUUUGCAAACCUGCUUAUGACAACCUUAUAAGAUUAGGCCUUGAGAGAUGGGCACAUGCACGGGCACAAUGCAUCAGAGGCAUGUUUCAACGUUGGUUCCAUGACCGGCACAAUGAGGCAUUGAAUUUGACCACUCCCCUCAACCCUUGGGCUACUGAUCUGUUGAACAAACGGUUCAAUGAAGCAUGUCACUUUUCCAUACAAACAAUCGAUCGGGUGGAGUUUCAAGUUAUAGGCGGGAGUAAGGACAGAGUGGUGAACCUCUCCACCAAGGAGUGUUCAUGCGGUGAGUUUCAGUCUGAUCUACUCCCCUGCACGCAUGCCAUGGUAGCAAUAAGUAAGUGCAAACGUGCAGCCAUUGAAUUCUGCUCAGACUAUUACAAGACUCGGUCUUGGGCGAAGGGAUAUGCAGUUCCCAUUCGCCCGGUUGGGCAUCUCAGUGAGUGGGACAUCCCUGAUGACGUUCAACAAAUUAUCAUUUUGCCACCAAGUUGGCGAGGUCAAGCGGGAAAAUCGAAGAGGAAAAGGAUUGCAUCAGUUGGGGAAGGCAGCAGACGAUGUAGAUUUUCACAAUGUAAGAGCUAUGGUCAUAAUAGACAAAAUUGUCAGACUCAAUUUGCAGCUCCACUGACAAACAGGGAAACAUCAUCUGCUCAGCAGACGGCUCGAUUACGUCGACCCAAAGCAUGUGCAGUUUGCAGACAACCCAAGCACACACGAAAUCACUAUCCAAUGUGGACUACAAACUCUGAUAACGUUAUAGGUGUCAUACCUGAAGAUAGUGGCCCUUCAGACGUCAGUUGUUAG